AUGCUUGUCAAACAUGCAAAUACUGUAUUUCAGCGACAUUAUGUACCAAAUCAACAAUUAUCUAUCGACGAGUCGUUAGUUGGUACUCACUGUCAUUCUGCCAUAAAACAAUACAUCCCAAACAAAAAACACCAUAAAUGGGGGAUCAAAUUUUGGAUGUUGUGCGACUCGAUUUCUAAAUAUUGCUUGGGUUUUUUUUGCUACAAAGGAGCUAAAAAUACAGAUGACAGAGAUUUAGUACAAAAAUAUGGUCUUGGAUUUACGGUUGCGCAAAAAUUGCUUUCAAUUGGAAAUUAUCUGCACAAAGGCUAUCAUCUGUUUACAGAUAAUUUUUACACAAGCUUACGUUUGGCCAAAGCCCUUUUGAAACAAAAUACAUAUCUAACUGGAACAAUUAGACGUAACAGAAAAGAGAUCCCUCCAGAAGCUAAGAAAGCAAUCGUAGGAGAAGCGAAAUACAUGGCACAUGAAAAUGUAUUGAUGUGCUCUUUCAGGGACAAAAAGUCCAAACCAAACCCAGUCAUAUUGAUUUCAUCCAACUCGGAUACUAAUAGUCUGACGAUCAAGAAAAAGAAAGGGAAUUUUGAAUACGAAAAGACGAAACCAAGCAUGAUUGAUGACUACAACAAAUACAUGGGAGGUGUAGACGAGUGCGACAAAAUGUUAUACGCGUAUUUAGACGAGCGAAGAACCCUAAAAUAUUGGAAAAAAGUAGUAUUCAACAUGUUUGGAAGAAUGGUGCUGAACUCUUAUAUUUUGUAUGUUUCCAACACUACCGAAAAAAAAAAAAUGAACCGGCUCAAAUUCACAUCGAAAAUUAUUGACGAUAUCGAAAAGGAGUGGAUGAAUCAUAAAAAUAGCGUGUCAACACAACCAUCUUCAUCAACCAAAAAAUUUGCGCUUGAAAAAUUACCGGGACGUAACUUACGACAAUGUGCGGUGUGUAGCAACAGAAGGAGCGGGAUCAGGCGAUCCCGCCUUAUUUGCGCUUGUUGUAAAAAAGGCCUUCACGCUAAUUGUGCGGCAAAACAUAGUUGUUAUACAUAA